AAAGAUAAAAGCUGAAGAUCCCCAUCUUGGUGUUGGACUCUUGGAUAUCACUUUCACUUUUGAUCAAACUCCAGAAUUCAAUAGUUGUCACUAAUCAAGCAUGGCUCGGGGCUCCUCCCAAUCGCAAGCUACCGCCUCCGCCUCCUCAACCACCUCCCGCCCCGGCACCGUGGCCCCACGCGGUUCGGCCGCCGCCACAGCCGGGAUGCGUCGCCGGAGGCUAGGAAGCGGCGGUUCCACCAACUCCAGCUCUAACGGGGUGGGCGGCGGAGGAAACAUGCUCCGGUUCUACACGGACGACUCGCCUGGGCUCAAGAUCGGGCCCACCGUAGUUCUGAUCAUGAGCCUCUGCUUCAUCGGAUUCGUCACCGCCCUCCACGUCAUCGGCAAGUUUUAUCGCUUCAAGACCGGAUCCUGAUCCUCAUCCUCUCCUUCGCAUCAACCUCUCCUCGCCGCCACGUGUCGUUUCUCACUUAAUUUUAUGCAGUUUCUCAUGUAAUAAUGUUUCCACUUUUUUAUUUUAAAAUAAUAUAGUAGCUUUUUUGAUAAA